GAAAUAUUGAAUAUUUCAUUAUUAUUGAAUUAUUCUCAGUGAUUUCACUUAGUCAUUGUGGAAAUGGUUGUUAAUAUUCUCAUUCAUUUUUUGUGUUCAUUUAUAUUUUACUUUGGAGGAAUACUCAAAGGUACCGCUUCGUUUGGCAUUUGGCCCUUUCAUAUAUGUCUUUUUGUAGUUUUAAUCACUUAAACAGACUAUAUGCCAUUGUUUUAGAAGUUAAGGGUUGACUGCAGUAGGCGUUAGAAUAGAGACACUUUCAUUGUAUAUCCGAUCAAGCUCUGGAUCUUCAACAGAAUACGGUGAAAAAAACUCAGAUAGCAGCAGACUGUAGAAUGGCGGGGCUAAAUCUGGGGUCACUUCAUUGUGUAUAAAGUCAUAACUUUCACUUUGACAAAUUAGUUAUUUAAUUAGAGGUCUUAAGAAAAGCCUCCUAUCUGAUCCUCGUAACUGUCCCCCGUAUUGACACCUAUUUAUUGUAAAAUCCCAUUUCCCAUCUCCUUUAUUUGUGUAAGCAUGGAGAACAGCCUUUAAGAAGCCGAUAAACAAAUCUGUGUGACAAGGCCGUGGUCACAUAUUGAUCUUGGCUGAUGCUUGUCGAGGGUGAAGCCUGCUAAUACAGGCUCUGCCUCGUGACUAACAGAGACCCAUUCAACAGUUUCCUUUUCAAAACUUUUUCAUAUUCCGAACUACACAAACACAUCAUCUCUGUGUCUGUGGUCCGUUCGGCUCGUGGUGCCAGAUGAUCCGUGUUUGCUCUGAGGUUGUUGAGAUAACUCCCUACGCUUUUGUAAACCAAAAGAAAUAUGCUUUUGGUCAACUACGCACAAAGCCAAGGAGAACCUCGAGCAGGGUUCAGCAUCAGAAGGGUGGAGGGCCUUGGCAAUCUCCAUCUGCUGCCUAAGAGGAACGUGCCUUCUGUUGAGACCGAGCGGUGCAUAAAUCAACAGCUUUAUCGGGCUGUUUGUAAGCGGGAGGAAUUAGGCCAGUGUGCCUGACAGUGGGAUCUGAAAGGGAUUCAGUGGCGGUGCAGUUGAAGAGGCUCCAGUAAUUAUGUGACACAAUCAGGGCUGAUUUCCCUGUCUUCCCCCUCCCUGAGUGUGUGCACCUGGCCCGCGAUGUGGGGUCAUGCGGAUUAUAAUGGUUUAAUUGGCAGUGUGGGACCAUUUUUAGUCGCCGCACUCGGUGGCUUUUAUCUGAAAGAUGAACGAAUGCAAAAGUAAAAUAAAAGUGCGAACAAAAAUGGUAAAUGGAUAGUCUCUUCAUCUUUGUUCCUUUUACAUCGGUUACAUAUCACUCAGGUGGUAGAGUGGGGGUAAAAGGGCUGGAUUUAGACCGCUGUCUCGAUAUGGAUGGAUAUAUAUAGGAACAUGUUUUUAUUUAGCUGUGAAAUGUCAGCAGUUUGAUGGCAGAAAUAUCUAGUUUAAUACGUUUAUGAUCGGAUAAAUGUCAGUCAACCUAAACACUUCAAUCAUGCAUACUCUUAUUCUCUGUGAAAAAUGAGCUUAAGAAAUAGGCCUCACUAGAAUGUCUCUCAAACUGUGAUCUAAACUGUGAUGUAAUUGGUUCCACUACGGUUAAUAACAAGCUGUAUUUUACCAUAACAAUUGAUUAAAAAGAAAAGGGAGACUUAUAUAAACCAGGACCGCAUCAAACAAAACGCUUCAAUUCCUCAUGUUAAGCUAUGCUUCUGUGUACCUAUCCAUUCCUGUGGUUAGGUGUAUCUACCAGUGUUGUUUAAUACUGACCGUUUUGGAAUUCCUUUCCUUAUCUCUGAGUGUUCAUUAUAUGUUCAGUGAAAUGAGGCAAGAGUUUUUCCAGAGGAGGCGUGAGCCCACAGGGUGAUAAGAGCCUAACGCCGGCCCUCGCCGUUACACCCCUCCUGUUCCUCUCCCUCUCUCGCUCUUCCUCUCUCUCUCCCUCACUCAAGUUUAAUGUUUAACUGCCCUGCCCUCGUCCGGGAGGGAGGAAAUCAGUGUACUGCUGUCUGGGAGUUUCAGCCGAGCACUGACGCCAAACGCAUUUGAACCGGUGAAACGAGGGUCGGCGGGCGUGGAGUGGAGAACCAGGCCUCGCACAACGGACCUCAAGCUGAACCAACCGCUCACUUUUUCUUGGAAAUAGCAUACUUUAACCCCCCCCCCCCCACACACCCCCUCUCACUGAGGGAGGGGACUGAUUGAACAGAAGUAUUUAUGGGAACUUCAGGAUCUCCGGCUCACCAGAGACACAACCGCGAGGACCGGUGAUCAUUUUGGACAAAUAUCAAAUGUAUUUUUGAUCCGGAGGUACCUGAGGAUCCUGGCUCGCCCCGCCGGGCCCCUGAUCGCUGACUGCCGCACCUCCAGAGCUGAUAAGGAGUCCAUAGUGUAGGAACAGCUCGGGGGCGCCAUGAACAUUGAGCCGGAGGUGGCCGAGGAGAAGAACUGGCGGGACCUAGAGGCCAGCUACUCCGUCAAAGUCUUCCUGACCAUCCUCUACGUCCUCAUCCUGGUGACGGGCAUUGUGGGUAAUGCAGUCACCAUCCGGGUAACGCAGGUGCUCCUGCAGAACGGAUACCUGCACAAGAACGUGACGGACCACAUGGUGAGUCUGGCCUGCUCGGACCUGCUGGUGCUGAUCAUCGGCAUGCCGGUGGAGCUGUACAGCGCCAUCUGGUUCCCCUUCAGCUCCACGUCCGGGAACGUCAACUGCAAGAUGUACAACUUCCUGUUCGAGGCCUGCAGCUACGCCACCAUCCUGAACGUGGCCACCAUGAGCUUCGAGCGCUACAUGGCCAUCUGCCACCCGUUCCGCUUCAAGAAGCUGGCCGGGAAGCACACCUCCACCCUGAUCGCCUUCGCCUGGCUCACCUCGGUGUUGGUGGCGCUGCCCAUGCUGUUCACCACGGGCACCCAGGGCCACAUCCCCAGCGCCCGCAGCGUCCCCGACCAGAACGUCACCUUCUGCACCAACCUGCGGGAGCGCUGGGUCAUGUACCAGGUCAGCAUCUCCGGGGCCUUCGUGGUGUACAUGGUGGUGCUGUCGGGCGUGGCCGUGAUGUGCUGGGCCAUGGUCCUGGUGCUGCGGGGGCCCAUGGGGUCGGCGGCCGGAGGGGUCAACGGGUCGACGGAGGCCUCGCCCAAGCAUGAGAGUUCAAGGGUCAAGACGGCCAGGAAGCAGACCAUCAUUUUUCUAGGUCUGAUCGUGGGGGCUCUGACGGUGUGCUGGAUGCCCAACCAGGUGCGUCGGCUGAUGGGGGCGGCGUUGCCCAAGGCGUCCUGGACGCGGGCGUACUUCCAGAGCUACGUCACCCUUCAGCCCGUGGCCGACACCUUCUUCUACCUAAGCUCCGUGCUGAACCCCCUGCUCUACAACUUGUCCUCUCGGCAGUUCCGUGAGGUCUUCGUCCAGGUUCUGCGCUGCCGCCUCCGCAUCGAACACGUCAACAAGCGCACCGUGCGGACCGCCGCGCCCGCCGCCGAGGCGUCCACGCGCUCCCGCAGACCGCUGUUGUCGCUACCACGCAGCGGCCGGAAGGAGCGCUCCACCGGCGCCCCCGGGAAGACCAGGGACGGCCCUCUGCGGUUCCUCAUCUUCAAGACCAACAGCGGCUCAGCACACGCAUCCGCAGCCAAGGACACGGUUCCCACGGAGACGGAGAUAUGAGGGGGGGGCGGGGCGGGGUGUUUCUCUUGUACGCUAGGAGUGUUUUUAUACAGACUCUUUACACAAAGGAAACACAAUACUCAAGUGUUAAGCAAGGGGUAACACUAUCAGCAGGUCGACGCAACAAACACUAGACCCCAACAACCAGAAAGUUACUAGGUAACAAAAUAUUCUAACAGUAAUGUAUAUAUAUAAAUUAGAAAUGAUAUAUCAUAUAAUAUAUAUAUAUAUAUAUUAAAUAAAUUAAUCAUUUUAUAUCUAUCUAUUUCUAUCUAUCUAUAGAAAUAUUUAUAUACAUCUAUAGAAAUAGAUAGGUCUAUCUAUAGAUAGAUAUAUAUAUAUAGAUAUAUAGAUAUAGUUAUACACUCAAUUAGAAAUAAAGACAAAUAUCUCAAUCCAAGGAGUCAUCUAACUUCAUGCUGGCUGACAUAAUCCACCUCUUGGGAGUUUCAUAAAGGGUAGAACAUUCUGCAGCUUGUCUCCUGUUAGGGUGAUCUGUUGUCCAAAAGAUGAAGGAUGUGUUGAUGGCUAGCUACCAGGGGGAUCGAGCCAGCUUCACAACUCUGUCUCAUGUCAAAUCUGCAAAUGGAAACAAAGCCAGAGGUGGCAUGUCUUCCACGGGAUCAGCUUCAUAGUGAUUGUUUCCAUCAGUCUCCCUCCAGCAACAGGAGCCUGAGGUCCACUCAGGGGGGGUCCAGUCGAACACAAGGCUCAGGUGUCCCCCAUUUCACGCCCCUCCACCAGCCUGUCCCCUCAUCUCAGUACCGGAGAGCCCCCUGGCUCCGUCCUAGAGCCCCUGAACCUCUCUGUCACUGGACCUGGCGGAGAGACGGCAGGGAGCCCCCACCACACACUGCUCGCCUGUAACCCCUUUGGAACAACCUUUUUGAUUUAAUAUAGCAACGAAAUAACAUUCAUGCCUUCAUAGAAACCUUCCCCGAGGUUAUUAAUAUAAAG